AUGCUUCGCAUUCACUGUACUCACGCUGGUUGCCCACAGCGCUUCAAACGUCAACGGGGCCUCACCUACCACCUCCGCACUGUACACCGAAACUCUAAUUGGGUUAAUUCUGACGUCCCUUCUGUGGGCGAAGAUUUUCACGAUUUGGAUGGCCUUGGACACAUCUCACCAGGUGCCGAGAGUGCACAACCUUCCUGGUCCCAACCUCCCUCACCUGAGCCCCAACAAGCCCCUCCACCGAGGCCGUCACAGAUUUUUCAUCUGCACCUCACUGGUGUCCCCUGUGAUUCCGAAGGAAAUCCACUUCCUCCUGGUACACCACCUCUUCCCAGGACAGCUGCACAGCCGACAGAUUGGUCACCGUUCGAGAGUGAAAUUCAGUUUCAGACCGUGGAUUUCUUGUACCGCCGCGUUGAGAUGUCGGCAGGAAACAUUGAUGAACUUCUGGAGAUAUGGGCUUUAGAUAAGAUGAAAUCUGAUCAACUGGGUCCCUUCACCUCAUACGAACAUAUGUACUCCAGCAUCAAUGCAAUUCAGCUUGGUGAUGCACCAUGGAAAUGUUUUACUGUGAGCUAUACCAGGGAUGUACAGCCUAGUGAUCCCUCUUGGAAGUCAGCGGAGUACGGGGUCUGGUUUCAGGAUCCUGAGGUCAUCAUGACCCAGAUGCUUGACAACCUGGAGUUCAAUGGCCACUUCGAUUAUGCACCUUAUGUUGGUCUUGACAGAUCUGGGAAGUGGCGUUGGAGUGACUUCAUGUCAGGCAAUUAUGCUUGGCGUCAUAGUGAUAAAAUCUAUGAAGAAGAUCCCACUACAGAAGGAGCAUUGUACUGUCCCAUCAUUGCGGGCAGUGACAAGACAACUGUUUCUGUUGCAACUGGCCAUGUCGAGUACCACCCAUUUUACAUCUCUGGUGACAACCUCUUCAACACAGUUCGCUGCACACACCGUAACACCAUCGCGCCUGCUGGUUUCUUAGCGAUCCCCAAAAGUGACCGAAAGUAUGAUAACGACCCUGCCUUUCGCAAGUUCAAGCGGCAGUUGUACCAUGACUCGAUCACGGCUAUCCUGAAGACAUUCCGUCCAGGGAUGAUCAAACCUGUGGUCCACCACUGCCCUGAUGGCCAUUUUCGGCAUGUGAUCUAUGACCUUGCCGCCUACAUCGCUGAUUACCCCGAGCAGGUUUACCUUGCCGGAAUUGUUCAAAAUUGGUGUCCAAAAUGCACGGCUCUUCCAACAAACCUAGAUGGGUUGGCAGAUAGCCGCUCACGACAAUUCACAGAAGGGCUUGUCAAUGAGCUCGAUUCGAAAAGAUUAUGGGAUGAGUAUGGUAUUGACGACGACAUUACCCCAUUUACCUUCCACUUUCCAUGCGCCGACAUCCACGAAAUGCUGUCAGCAGAUCUACUCCAUCAAUUGAUCAAGGGUACAUUCAAAGACCAUUUAGUCCAAUGGGUCAGCGAUUACCUUUACCUCGAACAUGGCGAAGCUCGGGCUAAUGAGAUUUUGGAUGACAUUGACCGCCAUAUCGCAGCAGCACCAUUAUUUUCAGGACUUCACCACUUUCCUCAUGGUCGCCAGUUCAAGCAGUGGAUGGGUGAUGACUCAAAGGCUCUCAUGAAGGUUUAUCUUCCAGCUAUCUUGGGAUAUGUACCCCCCAAAAUGGUGCAAUGUAUCAGCACAUUUUUGGAUGCCUGCUACAUUGCCCGUCGAGCCGACAUCACUCAAGAAUCACUUGCUGCGCUCCAGACGGCCAUUGAGAGGUUUCACACACACCGUGAAAUUUUUUGUACAUCCGGUGAGUUUGGGGCUCCUGGUGGGCUAUGUUCAUCAAUCACUGAGUCCCGCCACAUUACUGCUGUCAAACGGCCUUGGCGUCGUUCAAAUCACUAUGAAGCUUUGGGGAAGAUGCUGCUUACCAAUCAGCAGCUGGACAAGCUCCUUCGAGCAUGCGCGGAUUUCAUUGAGCGUCGGAUGCUUCCCCCUUCCCAUUUGCCACCUCCAAAACCUAUCAUACCCCUCGGCGAUGAUGAUGAGGACACUGGCGUCAUCGACAAGUACGUGACUGGGAAUGUUGCACUGGCAAGAACCCAAAUACGAGCUUAUCCACGCCACCUCGCUGAGUUGGCCAACCACAUCGGCUGCCCUCCACUCAUUGAACUUACCCGACGUUUCCUCUAUGACCAACUCCACACAGAUGACGGCACCUCAUCAGCCGACAUACCCAUUCAGCAAUGCCCAUAUCCAACAAGCAAGGUGUCUGUCUUUCACUCCGCCGUCGCCACCUUCUAUGCACCAAGCGACAAGUCAGGCAUUUGGGGCAUGCGAACUGAGUGUAUACGGUCCACUCCAUCUUGGCAAAAGCACAGGCCACACGAUUGCGCGUUAGUAGUUGAGGACCAAGACAAGCCGGGCAUGAGGGGGAUGAGUGUGGUCCAGGUAAAACUUCUCUUUUCAUUUGAGUAUGAUGGGAAGACAUACCCAUGUGCGCUUGUCGAUUGGUUCAAACGUGUGGGCAUGGCACCCAAUUCGGAAACAGGGAUGUGGAAGGUUCGACCUGAGACAUACCGGAAUGGUCAACGUAUUGUUUCCAUUCUCCACCUUGACACUUUCCUUUGUAGUGCACACCUCUUACCUGUUUUCGGGCAGGAUGUUCUUCUGUUUGACUUCCAUUUUUCUUAUUCACUCGAUGUGUUUGAAUCAUACUUUGUCAAUAAGUAUGCUGAUCACCAUGCUCACGAAAUUUGCUUUUAA